AUGGCGGCGGUGCUGUGCCGGUGGCUGCUGCCGGGCCGGGCUCCGGGUCAGGCCCGCGGCUGCGGGGCCGAGGCGGGGUCGGGCUGGGCCGCGGUGCGGGAGCGCUCCUACUGGCAGGCGCUGCGGCGGCGGCUGCGGGGCCCUUCCAAGCCGCCGUUCUCCGCGCCGUGCCAGGUGGGCACUCCGGUGCUGCGCGCCGCCGCCGCCGCCGUCGCCCCUGAGCGGUUGGGCGGCCCCGAGCUGCGGGCGCUGGCGGCGGCGCUGGCGGCCGGGCUGCGGGGCGAGCCGUGCCUGGGGCUGAGCGCCCCGCAGCUCGGUGUGCCCCUGCGCGUCUUCGCCGCCGCGCUGCCCCCAGAGCGCUGCCGGCAGUACCCCACCGCGCUCCGCCGCGCGCACCGCAUCGAGCCCUUCCCGCUGCGGCUUCUCGUGAACCCCGCGCUGCGCGUUCUGGACGCCCGCCUCGUCACCGCGCCCGAGGGCUGCGCCAGCAUCCGCGGCUUCUCCGCCUGCGUCCCGCGGCACUGGGCCGUGCACGUCUCCGGCGUAGAUGAGAACGGGGACCCGGUGAGCUGGGAGGCGACGGGCUGGGCUGCCCGCAUCGUGCAGCACGAGAUGGACCAUCUGGACGGCGUGCUCUUCAUCGACCGCAUGGACAGCCGCACCUUCGCCAACACCGCCUGGAGCCAGCUCCUCGACUGAGACGGAGCCCCGACAGCGGUACGGCACUCUGGGAUGUGGCCGCGGCCCCCACCUGCCCCUUGGAGCCGGCCUCGGAGGUUCCUUUCUCGGUCUAGGAAAAGGGGCUGUGCAGGAGGGGACCAGUCUCUCUCCUGCAGCACCUGGUCCACGGGAGGGGAAGGGGCUGGGAGCUGUGGGCUGUGGACCUGGAGAGAAACGAGGAGGGACUCGGCUCCAAGCGGCCAUUAUAGAACGUGCUCCUUGUGUGGCAGGCAAAGGACCGUGGGAAUGGGGAGGAGAGGGUAUCCCCAAGGCUGGGUCCCUUUAUGGCCCCAAAGCCUUGCUGUGGGGCAGCUGUGCCUCAGGGAGGGGCUAGGCACUGGCGGAAGCUUUCAGAUUGUUUUUAUUUUCAUAUAAACAAGACAGAACCCAAAGCAGCAUUAAUUUAAAAAAUAAAAAAAGAGCAGGAAGAAGAGUGAGGA